AUUCUCAUUUUCAGUCACGCAAAAAGGCUUGAAGUUGUCCGUGGCAUCAAAAAAGAGCGCAUCAAUAAUGUGAGGGACGGUAUCGAGACUGGUGGAGAUCUGGAGGCGGCAGAUUUGUUUUCGGAAGCAGGAAGCACGUACAGCAUAGCUAGCAGAAGAACUGGGAAGACAGGUGUGAGUCGAGCGAGUACGACCGCAACUGUUCGCAAGAGGAAGCAGAUUGACCGAAAGAAGCAGUCGUUGAAGGAAGGUGGCGAAUAUGAAGAUUCGGCUCUUCUGAUAGCUCCUGGCUGCCCACUACAAAUGUUGCUGCAACUGUUGCCUGCUUUGGUGCGGGCAGAUGAAAUAGCGUUAGCAAGCUCGACUCAGCGAGCAGCCGACCACUUUUGCAACGAUCUUAUUGCUAGUCGCUCCCAUAUAUGGCCGAAUAAACUUCAUCCUUGGGAUCUUCCUGGGCCAAUAUAUGCGCUGUACACCAUAAAUGACGCUUUCACUUUUCCUGCAGAUGGAGGAAUGCCCGAAGUUGUGACGCUAGAACCAGAAAUGGUUGCUCCUAGCCUGGAUACGAAUCGCAAGUGGAAGUUGCAGAUAUUGUCGUGA